UUCCCCCAAUGACGUUGCUGUCAGUCAAAAUGAAAACAAAAAAGUUGGUUAUUAUCGUCAUUACGAAUUUGUGCAUUUUCUCUGAAUUUAUCUACAAAUACUUCUUCUAAAUACUUCUCGUGUCUCCAAUGGCAACCACGGCGUACAAGAGAUCAUCUUCUGAGCUCUACCAAACAAUCCAGGAAAUCUCCCGGAAUAGAGCUCAGAAGCGUUUGAGGUUGAUAGUGAAGAAACCCAUUGUUUCCACAUCAAUCACAACAUUCACAGGAUUACUGGAGAGUGCGGGGAGUAGCAAUGAAGCCCUCCAGUUGCUUAUCAAAAUAUCCGAUGCCCUGCAAUUUGAUGAACCGGAAAUGGGUGAGGCUGUUCGGAAGUUAUGUGAACACUUCAAGAAGGAGCAGGAGUCAGCUGUGAGGGUGAAGAUUCUCGCAUUGUUCGGAGAUUUUGCUGCUGACACCAGCUACGAUGGAGCUCUCCUGGCCAAUGAGGUUCUCACUCUGUUGAAAAGUGAAUCUUCGGCAAAAGUUAUCUGCCAGGCUCUUCAUAGUCUCCACAAGAUUGGCAUAAGUCAGUCAUUGCCACAGAGUCAUGUGGCAAAGAUGGUUAUAACGGCGAGGAAUAGCUUAACAUCCCAGAGUCACAAUGUUCAGCGACAUGCUUUGCUUCUCCUCGGGGCAUUUGCAUCCGUUGAAGAGGAUUCCGUGGAGAAGACUGUUGAGCUCAUUGGAAGGUACACAGAUUCCCAAGAUUCACGUGUCCGGGCUCAAGCAUUCCGUUCGAUUCUCACUCUUGGCGGAAGGGGAGUUAAUCUGGCACCUGAUCUCUACCCACGAGCAACUGAUGCCCUCCGGGAUGACUACGAGUGUGUCCGGAAGGAAGCUCUGCAGCUGGUGUACGAGCUGGGGACACGACAUCCGGAACAUAUGAUUCUCGUUCCGGAUUCAGACAUGGAAAUGCGUCUCGUUGAUGCAGCCUUUGGGAAGGUCUGUUCAGCAAUGUGUGAUCUCUCAAUGCAAGUGCGUACGCAGGCGGCUGAACUCCUGGGUGGCAUGACGGCGGUGGGGAGUGAAUUCCUGAAUCAAACACUGGACAAGAAGCUAAUGAGUAAUUUGCGACGCAAGAAGAGUCUGCAUGAGAGGAAUCUCGAGAACUUCACAAGCGGCGAAUGGUCAUCGGGGAAGAAGUGGGCUGAUGAUGCCCCAAAGGAAUUUCUCAAUGCUGCAUCAAUUUCUCUCAUCGCAACUGGGGCGUGUGGAGCGCUUGUGCAUGGGCUUGAAGAUGAAUUUUUGGAAGUCCGAACAGCUUCGGUGGAUUCCAUGUGUCGCCUGGCAUUGAUUCAUCCCCCCUUUGCCAGUACUUCGUUGGAUUUUCUCGUGGAUAUGUUCAACGAUGAGAUUGAGAGUGUUCGCCUCAAGGCCAUCUAUAGCCUCACAAUGAUCAGCAAACACAUAACCCUGCGGGAGGAUCAGCUGGAGACAAUGUUGAGUAGUUUGGAGGAUUAUUCCGUGGAAGUCCGGGAGGGUUUGCACCUUAUGUUGGGUGCUUGCAAGGUUUCCACACAGGCUUGCUUGAAGUUGGUCGUGCAGAAGAUUCUGGAUGUCCUGUCGAAGUACCCACAGGACAAGGAGUCAGCAUUUGGGUGCCUACAGCGCGUUGGGCAGAAGCAUCCGGAUCUCUGUAUGGCACUAACACCGCAACUUCUGCAGGAUCACCCCUUCUUCGACAGUGCUGAACGUGAUGUUGAGGAUCCAGCGUACGUUUGCAUCCUUGUGAUGCUCUUCAAUGCAGCCCAGCAUCGUCCGCCGAUGCUUUCCCUCUUUCCGGACACAACGGUGCGCCACUACGGCUACCUUCGGGAUACAAUGCCCAAUUUUGUUCCCCACCUCAUGCUACGUACAGUAGUGGAUCAGACACAGCUGACAGGGGCUACGGGAUCACGACAAUUCCUCGAGACACUCCUGUACAACAUUGAUGCCGCCUAUUCAGCUCCAAGAGCUCGUCAAGCUCUCCUCGAGGCAGCUCAGUCGAAUCUUGAUCGUUUAGCUGAGAUUGAUCCCGCCCUCUCGGGGACGGCAAACUUCACAGCAAUGUUCCUGGGUGCUCAGCUUCUCAUCCACCAGCUGCAGAGCUGCAUUGCUCCGAAGCAGAACAAAACCCCAUCGCGGGAAUCGCUAAAUCUCCUCAUGCGGAAGUGUCUGAAGUUGCAGAAUCUCUUCUCGCACCUCACAAAGGAGGAUUGGUUGCUGGUGAAGCAGAUCUCUCUGCGUGCCAGUGCCCUACAUCUCGUGAUUGUCGUCAAAGAUCGCUCCCAAUCGGCUCUGGCUCCAUGCCAGCUACUUCUGCACAUUGCAGCGGAUAUUAGUGUUUUCCUGCAGGAUAAUCCAGACAUUGUGGCGGAUAAAUUCACAGGAUCUAUCUUACAGUCUCUCGCUGCGAUAAGUGACCCAAAACCUGGACGGGUGUUCUGGGAAAUCCUCCCAAUUGUCCAGUCCGCCACCCCGGUUGUCACUCCACGUGUAAAUGUGGACAUCCGGAUGUGCACGGCGAGAAUCCUGGAGCCCUGCAACGUUGCUUCAGUGGAAAAUCAGAUAAAAGUCACAGCGGGAUUGAUUGCUGCUGUACCCCUUGUGGCGGACAUUGAGAAUCUUCAGGACUAUCAGCGUCAAGAUCUCCGGAUACGCAUUAAGUAUCCCGAUCAGAACAUUCACACCGUUGUCCCACGUCUGCGGGAUGUAAAGCGAAUUCUCACGGAAAGUGGGGAGGAAGUCAACAAUUGGAGACUCCGGACAACCAUUCUCCUGAGUCAUGGCGUCUGGACGGAAGCAACGCACGUUGAGAUCUUUGUGUGCCUCUCUGUACGUCCCGGAACGGAACUUGAACUCUGCAAAUCCGUCAAGAUUAUGUUUGCUCCCAAGCCAGUAAAACGAGGCAUCUAAUCUGGUGGCACAGGGACGGAAAAUAGGGGAGGGACAGCCCAAGAAAAAGAGUCGGUGAGUCUUUUUUUUUCAAUAUUGGGGGGAACAUUUAUUUCGUUCAAUAAAUCAUUUCAAUAAAAAUAAUAUUCGGGUAAUAAAAUGCUUAAAAACAAA